CCGACUUUUAUUGUCGCAAUUGAGGCAUCCAAUAAUUCCUGCUUGGUUCCAAGCAGCGCAUACCACGAUAGCCUCACCGAUCGAGCCCCUAACCUUUGCUAAGCAUAAUGUCGUCGUCGCAGCCAGCACCCGAAGACGUGAUCGCAUGUCAAGCUGCGCUCUUUGAAUGGGCCGAGAGCUUCGACACCAAGGACUGGGAUCGCCUGCGGGCGAAUCUCGCGCCCAAGCUCUGGGUAGACUAUCGCCACGUCAUGGGCAAAAUCUGGGAGGAGAUGCCAGCAGAAGACUUUAUCCCGCUGUCUUCGAACCCGCAUUUCCUGGGCAACCCGCUGCUGAAGACACAGCAUUUCAUCGGCGUGUCCCGCUGGGAGAAGACAUCGGAGGACCGCAUCACCGGCCGCCACCAGGUGCGCGUGGCGCACCAGCGGUACGCGGAUGCCGAGUUGAAAGAGGUUGCUGUGAAGGGCCAUGCGCACGGGGGAGCCACGACAUUGUAUCAGAAGGUGGACGGCGUGUGGAAAUUCGCUGGCUUGUGUCCAGAUAUCAGGUGGUCCGAGUACAACUACGACGAGGUGUUUAAGCACGAGUAG